AGAAACAGGAAAAUGAUGUACCAACUUUUAUCCUCCUGCAACCGACAAUGAUUCUUUCAAACUCUCCAAAACUCAUCAAUAUAUUUUAAUUUCCCAAUGAACUUAUUGUUACUUGACAGUCUGACACUGUAGAUAUGAUCACCGCAGGAUCUUUAUCUGUUGUUUCAAAUCAAAAAAAUGUUUGUGUCAUCGUUUACUCGAUAUUUCUCUUUUCAAAUUUCGCAGAUGCAGGUGGUUUUGAUUCUUUACUGCAGCAGCUACCGGAAUUGGGGGUUUUCAGAAAGAUUUUUGACUCAAGAAUUGAACUGAAUGUUAUGGAUUAUGGUGCAAAAGGGAAUGGUAUUGAAGAUGACACAAAGGUUUUCGCAGAUGUUUGGGACAUGGCAUGUUCUUCAAAGGUAGAAUCAAGAAUCAUAAUCCCUGACGGAAGUUACUGUCUUGUUAAACCAAUUAGUCUUGGAGGACAUUGCCACUCGAAAGUGACUUUAGUGAUCUCUGGCUCCAUUGUUGCUCCUAGCGAUCCCGAUGUUUGGGAUAACAAGGAUACACAUAAGUGGCUAUAUUUCCAUAGUGUGGAUCACCUUACGGUUGAAGGGGGUGGAACCAUUGAUGGAAUGGGGCAACGGUGGUGGGCUACUUCUUGUAAAACGGACCCGAAAAAUCCUUGUAGGCAUGCUCCAACGGCUAUAACCUUUCACAGAUGCAACAAUUUGGUAGUCAAGAAUCUCAUGAUUGUGAAUGGUCAACAAAUGCAAAUGGCAUUCACUACAUGUGACACGGUUGCAGUGUCACAUGUGAGUGUUUUUUCUCCUGCUAGCAGCCCUAAUACUGAUGGUAUCCACAUAAGCGAAUCCACUAAUGUUGAAAUCAAAGACACUACUGUUCGAACAGGUGAUGACUGCAUAUCUAUAGUCAGUAAUUCUUCGAAAGUUCAGGUGAGGAGGAUUGUCUGCGGUCCUGGCCAUGGGAUAAGUAUCGGAAGCCUGGGAAAGUCGGACACCUGCGAUCAAGUGUAUGAUGUGAGUGUUCAGGGGGCGUUUCUGUCCAACACUGAAAAUGGCCUCAGGAUCAAAACAUGGCAGGGAGGUAGUGGUUUUGUCCGUAAUGUUACAUUUGAGGAUGUCUGGAUGCAAAACGUAUCGCAUCCAAUCAUAAUCGAUCAAUAUUAUUGUGAUUCAGACAAGCCAUGUCCAAACAAGACUUCUGCUGUAAAUGUGGAGAACAUAUCUUUUGUGAAUAUUGGAGGAACUUCAGCUACCAUGGAAGCUAUAGUAUUUGCUUGUAGUGAUGUUUCCCCUUGUGAAGGGGUAUAUUUGGAAGAUGUUGAAAUUGUAUCAGCAUUUGGGGGUGUUACAACCUCAUUUUGUUGGCAAGUCAACGGGUCAACUGCAGGCUAUGUAUACCCUCCUAUUUGUUAUUCAACUUGUAAAAGCUUCAUUAAGCAGACUAUUUCGUCUGCCACUAAUCUUCAAGCAAUCUAAUCAACGUCAUUUAACUUGUACAUUA